ACCAUUACAAUCCAAUCGGAAUUGGAGAAAAAAUAGCUCCAGACAUUGCCGUUUGCCCGAGAGAGAAUCUUGUACAACGAGCAAAUCCAUAUCCUGAUUUUCCCCGCGUUACACAGAGAAAUUCCCAUGCAAGAAUAAUUUGCGAAGUUGCUAAUACUCAAAAAAUUGAUUUAUGGAACACAAAAUGCGAAACGUGGAUGCACGAGGAAUACGUUCGCUGUGUAUUUGGAGUUAAAAUUUAUCCUAAAAUAAAUAUCAAAAGAAUUGUUCAUCAGCCAAUAAUAGCAAGAUUAUGGGUACGUCAAGCACUACCAGGUGGUGUAUUAUCCUCAAAUGCAGUUUUAGCAGGAAAUGGAAUAUAUGUCAAGGAGUGGGAAUGCGGGACUAUACAUCAUAAUACUCAUACACCAACCGGUUGUAAUGCUCCAAAUAAUAAUGAAUUUCAAGUAACUAUUCCUGUUAGAGAUGCCUUUUGGGAUCCCCCAAUCUUGGGUGGAGUUCCAAAUGUUGAAGACUAUACUGCAGUGGUACCCGAUACUGUUGUUGGCGAAAAUUUUGUUAUUGACUUAUAUGACAUACAACAAGUAGUUCUUAAU